GAACUUCCACCCUUGCAGGCCCCAGGUCCGCAGCUCCACCCCUUCCCUUCCCCAGACAGGACCCCAAAGCCUCACGUGAAGAUGUUGAAGCAGGCCCGGAGUUCCCGCCUCCCUUCAGAACAGUGAUCCCAGGAGUCCUCACCCUGCUGCCAGGAGGGUCAGAGUGAAGAGGAGAUCCAGGUUGUCCCCCUGAGGGACAGAGACGGCUCAUUCCUGUCCCGUCUCCUGGGCCUCCAUCCCAGCCUGGUGUUUUCCUGCAGUGAUGGAGUUGAUGGGUUUCCUGGAAUCCGCUCUGCCCAGCUACCUCAUCUCCCAUCUGCUCCUCCUCCUCCUCCAGCUGCUCCCCCAGACCUCAGCUCAGUUUGCUGUGAUUGGACCUGCCAAACCCAUCGUGGUCCAGGUGGGGGAAGAUGCUGAGUUACCCUGUCACCUGGACCCCAAGAUGAGUGCUGAGGACAUGGAGGUGAGGUGGCUCAGAGCCACAUUCUCUCCGGCUGUGUACGUGUAUCGGGAUGGGCAAGGCCAUUUUGAAGAGCAGAUGGAGGAAUAUCGAGAGAGAACGGAGCUGCUGAAUGACACCAUCACUGAUGGGAAUGUGGCUGUGAAACUAUCCAACAUAAGACUCUCUGAUAACGGGAGGUAUCACUGUCGCUUUCAAAACUCUCAACACGUAGCUAAAUCUGCCCUGGAUCUGCAUGUGGCGGCUGAGGGCUCCGACCCCAACAUUCGCCUGGAGGGGCAAGAGGACGGAGGGAUCCGGCUGGAGUGCACGUCGACCGGAUGGCACCCAGAACCCAAGGUGCAGUGGAAACACUCCAGGGGAAGGAAUGUCACAUUGCGAUCUAUAUACCAACCCCGAGGAACAGACGGCUUGUUUAGUGUGGUGACAUCUGUGAUCAUCCGAGAUGACUCUGUGAGGACCGUGUCCUGCUCCAUCUGGAACCCCUACACUGGCAGGAAGAAAGAGGCAACGAUUCCCAUAGAGGCUUCCUUCUUCCGAACGGUCUCUCCCUCCACUGUGGCUCUGGCUGUGAUCCUGCCUCUGCUAGUCCUGCUCAUGGCUGGGGCUGUCUAUCUCCUCUGGGAAAGGCACAGUAAGAAGAAGAAGAGAGAAAACGGAUGGAGCGAACUGCUUUCAUCAAAGUCUACUUGGAGAUGGACCCAGUCAUGUAUGGUGGACAUCACUCUGGAUCCAGACACAGCUCAUCCUAAACUCAUCCUGUCUGAGGAUCAGAAAAGUGUGAAUCUAGGAGACACGCGGCAGAACCUGCUGCCCAACAACCCUGAGAGAUUUGAUGAGGAGCCUUGGGUGCUGGGCCAGGAGGGCUUCAACUCAGGGAAACAUUGCUGGGAGGUGGAGGUAGGGAAGAAAAGAGGCUGGAGUCUGGGGAUUUGCAGAGAAGAUGUGAAGAGAAAGGGGACAAUUUCAGUUUCACCGGAAGAAGGAUUCUGGGUUGUGGGGUUGUGUGGGGAUGAAUAUUCAGCUUUCACCAAUCCCAAGACCCUUCUCCCCCUACCUAACCACCCCAACCGGGUGAGAGUUUGCCUGGACUACGAGGCUGGAGAUGUCUCAUUCUACAGUGGAACCGACGGAUCCCACAUCUACACUUUCUCCUGCAUAGUCUUCUCUGGGACCCUCCGGCCUUUCUUUCAUCCUCGGACUGAAGAUCAGAUAUGUCUGACCAUCCACCCUGUGUCCGGUGGGGCUGAGAGAGACCCUGUCUUUGCCCCUAAUCCUGCCCCCUCUCAGGAUGCCCUAGUGACCCACCAAGGGGCACAACCAGCUUCAGACACUGGGGAAGAGGAUCCUUCCCCUGUGCCUGAUGACCCAUUGCUCCCUCCCCAGCCCAGCACCGAGGUCCCUUCUGCCCCUUAGGGGGCCUACCAGUCCCUAGGACCCUUUGACCCCUGCAGCUCUCCAUCUCCUUCCUGGGCUGCAGCUGCUCAUAUCCCCAGGUCCUUGGCUGCUCCCCUGGGGCAGGCCGGGGCUGGGGCUUACUUCUGCUGCCACCAGGAAGGCAGUGAAGGAUCAGGGCUGGGAUUAGGAAUAAGGCUAAAGUGAAGUUCUUCAAUGGUCUAGUGGUAAGGGCUGGGGACUGUGAGUCAGGACACCUGAAUUCUAAUCCAGGUUCUGCCACUGGUUUGUUCUGUGACCUUGGGUAAAUCACUUAACCUCUCUGGGCCUCAAUUUCCUCAUCUGUAAAAUCUUCUCCCUCUCAAAGUGUGAGCCCCACGUGGGUCAGGGAUUGGGUCUGACCCCAUAACUUUGAAUCUACCUAGUGCUUUUUUAAAAAUGGUAUUUGUAAAGUGCUUACUAAGUGUCAAGUUCUGUACUAAACACUGGAAUAGAUAAGAGGUCAUCAGGUGGGUAAUGGUCCCUAUCCCACAGAAGGCUAGCAGUCUUAGUAUGACUCCAAGAGGAAUAAUAAUAGCUGGGUAAGAAAUGCUGUAUGUAUUCAAAGUGUCAUUAACUUGUACUUCCCAAGCGCUUAGUACAGUGCUCUGCACACAGUAAGUGCUCAAUAAAUACGAUUGAUUGAUUGAUUAACAUAACUCUUUCCUCUGUUUUAGUGAUUAGCUCUAGACUGUACGAUCACUCUGGGCAGGGGACGUGUCUACAAACUCCACUGCGUUGUGCUCUUGCAAGAGCUUAGUACACUGCACUGCCCACAG